UUAAAAAGAAAUAAAGUCAGUUAGUUAGUUGACGAAAUAAGCUGUUGCUGGCAACAACAAUAAAUAUUUGAAGACGGUAUUCGAAACAGAAAACGUUUAGAGUUUUGAACGAAACGAGUUGAGAGAAAUUCGGCCAGUUUGAAAUUAGUGUACAAAAUGCGAAACAACAACAAAAAACGCAAAUAAUUAAAUAAAAUUAACUAAUAAUUAGUUUAAACAAAAAAGUUAGUGUAAAAAUCGAUCAAUCAAAUGCUUAAUAGAAAUAAAAGAUAAAAUUUACUUAAAACACAAAAAAAAUCAAAUGUUAAAAUUUCUUUAAACUACUUUACAAAAAAAUUAUUGGUGAAUUUUUUCGCUUUAUAAUUUUUGUUGUUGUAUUAUUAUUUUUUUCUGAUCUUGUUUGUAUGAAAAUGCUACCUGUUUAAAAUUGCUGUAUCAGUGUAUGAGUGUGGUUUUACCUGUUCAUUAAAUAACCAACCAACAAAACGAGAGCAAUACAACGAGGAAAUUAAAAAAAGAGCAAAAUUAAAAAAAAUUGAGUAAGAAAACGAAGAAGUGAGAGAGAGUGUUUAAAAUAAUAAUACAGAGAGUACGAGUGUUUCGGUUGUGUGAAAAAAUUAUAAGAAGUGAUCAUUAUAGGGGUGAUCAAGUGUAAUAAAAUGCUCUUUAUUACCGAGUUACAAUGCCAUCUAAAUGAAAGUAAACUUUUGUUUUAGUUUUAUUUAUUUUUUUCUAAACUUGUGGCUAAAAACUUUUGCUUUUGUUACAACAACUAUUUAUUAUUAUUGUUUGGAAUUGCCUAACCACAAAUAAAAAGACAUACAAAUUAGAAAAAGGAAAUAAUCAUAUAAAGCUAAAGUGUGCAGUUACACACAAAUAAACAGCUAAUGUUAACACAGGUAUGAAACGAGGCAAACAGUAUAAUAUCAUCAUCUCUGUCAUCAUAAUUAACAACAAACAUAAAUAAAAAGGAAGAAAUGUGAAAAAAAAAACAAAAUAGUUAACAACAGCAGCAAGAAAUAAACUUUGCAACAAAAUUGUAAAAAAAAACAGAUGCAUUAAAAAAGCGUCAACAUAAUUACAUUAAAUAAAAAAACUAACUAAAGAAGCAGAAAACCAACAACAACAUAAUUUUAGCAGCAACAGCCAACAGACCAUGAUGAUGCCAUGCUAUGCCAUCCAUGCCUGCAUGCAACCAACGAACCGACCAAACAAACAAGCAACACUCAGCCAGCUAAACAACGUAGCAACUUUAAUGUGCCACAACAACUUUUAACCAGCAACUUUAAAUGUUAAACUUGGCUGAAAAAAAGAGAAGUGAAGAAAAAACAGAAAAAUAAAUAAAAUAUAUAAAAAAACAACAACAAAUUGUGGCUGCCACUGGUGUGAUAUUUUGCCACAUUUUGUUGUAACUUGGCCAUAAGCAUUGCAUAUGAAAUAGAAAUUAUUAAAAAUACACAUACCACUAUUUAUCUGGUAAGAGAAUCUGUGUUUGCACUUUCACACACACACAUACAAACACACAUUGGCAACAGUGAAAAUAAUUUUUUUUACAACUGAAUCUGCAACACUAAAAGCUACAAUAUGAAUAGGUGCUAUUGUAAUAGUGAUUCAAAAUCACCUAUAAAAACUUCACUACCCAUGAGCAGUUGUUUGCGAUCACCGGGUGCCCUUAUAAGACAAAAAUCAUUUCAUACUUUGUCUGAAUUGGCAAAAUUCUGUCAAAAUAAAAAUGUACAAUCCAAUAGAUAUAAUAACGAUGCAAAGGAUGAUAAUGUACUACCAAGUAGUUUAAGUCCUAAUAAAAGUGCAACAUUGCGAUCAGAUCGCUCUUCGUAUAAUUGUAAACACUCCAACAACAACAGCAGCAACAAUUAUCACUACAGCACAAACAGUAAUUUACAAAAUGAUGAUAAUAUAGUCAUUUUAAGAAAUCCACCUUUAUCAUCAUUAACAAAUACUUUAUCAUCAACAACCUCAUCAAAUGCCUCAUCAUCAGUAACAACAGCAACAACAAUAAACCAUGAGCAUCAAGUGAAUUUACAAGAACAGCAAGAACACCACAGUACAAGAAAUUUUCAUAGUCUAGAUAGUAAUCACAAUCAAGAAUCACAGCAGCAGCAACAUCAAUAUCGUCAUCAUCACCAUCAUCAUCACCAACAACAACAGCAACAUCAAGAAACAUUUAAUGAACGUGAGAAUGCAACAUUUCGUUGGUCAGAACAAUUGACACAAAAUGUUGUAUCAGUUGCAAAAAUACGCUCGGCCAUGUCAUGUACAUCACAAGAUCUAAAAGAAAUGGAAUUUUUAUUACCACAGCGUCAACAACACCAACAUCAACACCAGCAUCAGCAUCAUUAUCAACAUCGACAACAGCAACCCACACAUCACAAUAGUCUUAAAUUACUACCACCACCAAUAACUACCAAUUCAAUAGCAGCAACUUCAACCCUAUCAAUAUCAUCGUCAUCUUCGAUAUCCAGCAAUAAUAGUUGCAGCAGCAAAAUGUUGGCGGAAAAUAUUAAAUCUAAUUCAGCAACAUCCGCCAUUAGCAAUAAUAACAAUAGUUUAAGUAUUUCACGCCAUUCCAAUUCGCACAAAAAUCAUCACGGCCAUAGUCAAGUAGGUGGUGGUGUGGAGACAGUCGAUGCUGGCAGCAGUAGUAGUAGUGGAACUGGUGUUGAUGAAAACAAUGCUGAUAAUAAGCAAAAUUUGGCCAUUUAUCGUCAGCCGGCCAAUGUUCGGACCACAAAGGGUGGCAAUACACCACAUCGUUCGAAAAUGUCGAAAAAACAAUUAAAAUUGGCACAGGCCCAAUUGGAUAAGUUGACACAGUGUAAUCUGCACUUGCACGCUCUUUUUUCGGCUGUUGAACAUGGUCAUUUAGAUAAGGCUCGCACCAUUUUAGAGUCAACAGAUGUGGAUGUAAAUAGCAUUAAUACGGAUGGUUUGUCGGCAUUGGAUGUGGCAGUUUUAAGCAAUAAUCGUUCAAUGACAAAAAUGCUAUUGCAACAUGGUGCUUUGGAAGGAUCACAGUUUUCCGUCGAUAGCAUUGGUACAAAAUUGAAUGGUUUAUUAAAAGAUGCCGAAUUGCGUAUUAAUGACUUAAGUGGUCUAGAGGGUACAUGUCAACCUUCAUUUUCAUCACGACCCUCAAUAUCUAGUAUUAUUAUUGGAAAUACGGGUUCAUCCGUUACAGGUUGUACCGGCAAUGAAGUUGACAAACAAAUUGGCAUAUGGGAAAGACGUGUCAAAGGUUUACGGCGUCUACUAUUGGGUUGGGAUCAAGCACGACCACCAGAUGCACCAGCAUCAGUUGUUGUUGAUGUAACGGGUGAUAAUUCAAUACAAGUGCAAAUGCUUGAACCAUUCGAAGGAGCAAUUGGUACUAAAUUCAAAGUGCAAUGGUCAACUCGUGCUGAUUUCAGUAAUAUUGUUGGCGAACGUGAGCUCAUGGAUUGGCGCAGUUUUCAUGGUACAAUGGGUACUCAGUGUCAUAUAUCUGGUCUAACACAGGGUAGACGAUAUUUUUUACGUGCUGCCUGUGGUAAUGUUAAAGGAUGGGGUCCAUAUAAAACGUCCGUGCCCGCCAGCGUAGUACCAUCAAGUUGGCGUGAUCUUAAUAAUCGAGAGGACCGUUAUUUGGGGCGUCAACGUAUGUUGGAUAAUUUAUUUACAGCAGUGCGUUUGGCCCGACCUGCUGAUGUCUCUGAAUUGACUUUGGAUACAAAUAGUCAGCAAAGAAGAAAUCCCAAAAAGAAAACUACGAUUAAACAAUUAUUUUCAGUAGCUUCUAAAUUCCAAAAGCAUCUGAGAAGGGGUAUUUAUUUAGCCAGCAUUGUAUACUGUGAGGAUAAGGUUUUGGUGACUAGUGAAGAUUUUCUACCCGUAAUCGAAAUUGAUGAAUCGUAUCCCAGUUCUCUUUACAGUGAUUAUCACUGGCUAAUGAAGGUGGCCUGCACUUGGGAUGAUGUAAAAUCACUGCGCACCGAUAUGGAACGUAAUCUCACUUCUGCAAAUCAUUUUCGCACCAAACUUCUGUCAGCUGUUUGUCAAAUGCAAUCUGCCUUAGGUUUUAAUGAUCUCGGCCAGUUGUAUUAUAAACCUUUAAGAGAUGCUCACGGUACUGUGGUAUUAACCUGCAUACAAUCCGUUAAAAGUCAAAAAGUUGUUUCCAUUUUAAAUUCCCGCUGGUUGCCCGUAAAUAAAUUGCAAAAGAAAAUCGGAGCUAUUCAUGAAGAGUACAAUAUAAAUGAGGUCCUUAUAACAUCCAUAGCUGAUCAGAUACAAUACCAUCAGACAGCUUUGCAACGUUUAACGCCUGGUUUGUAUUUAGGCUAUUUGAAAAUGCAAUGUUCUAUGGAUCAAAUACAGGUGGUUGUGCCUGCUAAGACACCCAAUGUCUUGCCACAUUACAAAGUCAGAGAUAAUAGUCACAUAACUGCCGAAGAAUGGCAGGUGUUAAAGAAGAAUUCAGAAGAUAGAGCGAACGAUGGCCGUAGAAGUGCUAGUCCUUUAAGGCUUACUUUAAAUUUUAAUACCAACUCAGAAGCUACUACCGAAGUGCAAAGAUUAUUCUUGUACGAUCUGACUACAGCUACACAUAAACUCUUUAAGUACAUGAACAUCAAACCAGAAGAGGCCUCCACCCACCGUUUAUAUGAUGUGGAAGUUAUAGAGCAUAGCAAAGAAAUAAGUUUUCUCAUUAUUUGUCCAUCUGUAGAGUUAAGUUGUGCUGUGCCAGGACAAUCGGAGCUGUUGCUGCAACGUGAGGAUUUGGCCAGUUUAAGUAUUCAGGCUUUUGAAAUGAUACAUUUAAGUACCUACCAACCGGGCAUAAUACAAAAAUAUGCUCGACUUUCGUGUAUUUUGGAAUUGGAUACCGCUUUGGCUAAUCACUCACAAAGAGAAGCUUUCUCUACUUUGGAAUUGCAGACUGCUAAAGAGCGUCUAGCCAAAUUACAGGAAUUGACUUCCAGUUUAAAUGCCGUUUGGAAAGCGGUGCGCUGGUUAAUGGAUGUUAUAGCUUUUGCUAGAGAUAAAAAUGCUCCACCUUCCGCCGCUAUGAGAGAAAUUCUAGAUUUUGGUCAACAGGUUGAUGAGAACUCACAACUGCUACAGCCUCCCAUUAGAGAUAUGAAAUUCACUAAAUCAGGUUCGGGUAGAGGUAGUUGGCCAGGACCGGGAGCUUCUACUGCAAGCAAUAUGAAUAUGGGACCUGAACACUCCAAAUCCGAACAAAAUCUAGGCUUAAAAGCCACUACUCCUACUUCAGGGACAAGCCAUCAAAAGCAACAAAAUCAAAUGCAGACGACUCAAACUAAUGCAGCUACACCAGCAACUCCCAAUUAUCUACAGGUCAAUAACGAUUUCAUGACUUCCGAUGUAUCAUUGCGUAAAAAUUCAGGAGAUUCGGGUACCUCUCACUACACCACUCAGAGUUUUAAUUCCGCCACUGAUUCCGUCUUAACGAGUGUUAGUGAUUUUGGUCAAAUAUUCAAUAUGCCACCAUCACGGUCAGAUGACACGCUCAGUGAGGCCGCCCGGCAACAAAAUCAAAAAUCACAAGUUUUACAAAGAAAACGUACAUGCUCUAAUAUUACACCCACUUCAACGCCAGUAACCCCCUUAAUAACUGUACAUUCGUCAUCGGUGCCAUAUCUAGGCCGGGAUUCGGCUUCAGGUGGUUCAUGUCAAUCUUUGAAAGUUAAUUACAAUGGAGAAUAUGAAAGUAAACAAAUCAAAACAGCCGAAAAGGUCAAAUCAGCCUCGAGUGCUAAUCUAAGAGACAACGCCCUCUACUUGAAGACCACCCUAACCACCAUAAAAAGUGAAAUCAAGAAAACCAAUUGCACUAGUUUAGAUGAAAAUCUAGCACCUACUUCCUCCUCAUCUUCUAAUAGUAAAAAUCUACAAAGACAAAGCAGUCAAGAGGAGUACACUGCUACCAGUUGUCCCAGCUUAGCCACUGACAACACAGAAGCCAUUAAUACUCCCUCGGGUAUUAUACAAGUCUAUACAGCCUAUAAUACUGGCUUAGCUUCAGGCACUAGUCUUAAAUUACAUGUCACCGCCAAGACCACCGCCCGUGAGGUAGUUAAUUUAGUUGUAAAACAACUAAAUAUGGCUGCUGUUCUUAAAGGCAGUAAUGGUCCGAUUUAUUCAACUGAUAUGUUGGAUAAUUUCUGUUUAGUAGCAGUGAUUGGUGCGAGAGAACGUUGUUUGCGUGACGAUUUUAAACCUUUACUUUUGCAAAAUCCCUGGAAAAAGGGUCGUUUAUAUGUUAGACAAAAACAUGAACUGUUGGCUGCUAUAGAACAUUCAAAUCGCAAGUCUCAUUUGAUCUAAGUAUUGAGGAAUGUUUUUGUAAUUCUAUUGAUUUUAGGAAGUUUGUAUUUGUGAAUAAUAAAUCCUUGAAAGAUUUCUUUGCAUUAUGUACAGCUAUUAGGCGAUUGUUAUGAGCUAUUCGUGUACAAUUAUAGGCCAUUUAUAGCUUCAAUAUAUGAACUAGCAAUGGCCCUUCAACCAGUUAUCAAAAUCGGAUCGAUUUAAAAUUUUACGUUUGCCACAAAUCAUUCUAUUUCGAAACAAGCGGUGUUCAGUGUUUUUUGAGGUGUUCAGUGUUUUUAGAUCUAUUAAUGACACAAGUUUAAGACAAUCUUAACUGUAGUUGUCAUUUCAACAACUCAUUGUUGUCAUUUUGAUUACACUUUGUGUUACUUCGGCAAAUAUCGUUGUGAUUUGGAAAAUGCAUUGUUGACAUUUCAAUAACGCAACGUUGUGUUUCAUUUUCACGCCGAAAAGAUAGAUCCAAUCUGCGUAGAUGAUUUGACAACGUCAUAUUUUUGUUGUUGAUUUGACAACUAUUCGUACAUACUUUGAGAACAGGUGUUAUUGAAAAAUUAUAAACACUUUUGUGUUAAUUUGAUAUUAAGCGUGUAUAAUUUUAAAACGUCUUAUAUUCCCUCUGUGUACAAUUAGCAAUAAUUGUACACAGAGGAAAACUAUUGUGGUACACAUUCCGUUACAGUUGUGCCAUAAUAACAAUUUCGGACUUCGAAGGACUUAUAAACAAUUGUCAAUAACAUAAUAACGUAAUUAGUUAGUGUAUGUUAAACUGUAUUAAAUUCAAUAUAUUAUACAUCAAAUUCCAAAACAUACACCUAAGCCCCCAGGAAAAGUGUUUUGCUUUUUUGGUGGCAAUCAAAUCCAGUAUCUUCGCUGCAUUACUUUGUUAAUUUUUCACAUACUUUUAAUAUCAAAGGUGCAAACUAAAUCAAAGACGAAGCAUGUCCAAGCAUGCUGAUUUUAUUCCAUUCGAAAUAAUAAAGUUUCAGUUUCUACGUUGCGUUCCGUGAUGAAUCAGCUGUUUCUUUUUUUUGCUUACGCAAACCUGUGUAAGUCGUAAGUUUAACACUGUGAUUACCGUUGAGUUUUUGUAUGAAAAACACGAAUCAGUUGAUCUGUCACGGAACGGAACGCAGAAACUGUAGGUGUAAAUCCUUUAAAGAAAUAUUAUCCAAAAAAUAAGUUUCAAAUGUAAAAUACAGAUUUAAAGAAGACCAAACUUACACGAUAAGCUUCUGAGACACAUAACUGUAACAUAUUUCAUUAUUUAAAGACGAAACUGUAAUCUUUCGAAGGACCACAAUUCGUUUAAAAUAAAAACAAACUUUCUUAAACAAUUGUUAAAGAUUUGCAAAUAUAAAAUUUAAAUUUUAUCUUGAAAGUAUUUAUAAAUUACGGGUAGACUAA